ACGCUACGUAUGCUUUGUGACAAUGUUGUUGAAGUUGUAAUAUUUACAAACAAUAUAAACAGUUAGCUUUUUUAAAAAUAGACUAAUAUCAAAUAUAAAUGCUUUUAAUCCUACGUAAAUAAAAUAUUUUGAUUAGAUUACUAAUGGAUGAUUUUAUUUUAAACAAAAAUGAAAAUAAUGAAUAAAAUGUGAAUGAGAAAUUCAUUUAUUCUUAGCAAUAAUCACACAAUAUCAUGAUAUAUCUUUGAAUUAGUUAUUCACGAAAGUUUUGAAAGGAUAGUCAGUUAUAGUCAGAAAAGUUGUUUUGAUUUAAUGAUAGAAAAUGCUCUGUGGAAAACUAUUAUACAGAUUACAUCACAAGGACAUAAGAAAUUACUGAAUAAAGUGCUUCUACUUCUUAGACAAAUUCACUUGUUAAUCUUGAACUCCGUAUUAAGGAUAACUUAGAUUGCAAGUUGAAAAAUUAUCAACAAUUUUCAAUGCGUCACGAUUAAAUAUUUUUAAUUUUGCGGUUUAUAACUGAUUUCAUUGUAUCAUUUAAUUCGUUAAUACUUUCGAGAGACUAAACGAUGCUAUUCAAUACUUCCAAAGGACAAAAUACAGCUCAGUUACGGGCAUCGCCAAAAUUUUAUUCUUCUGAAAAUUUAAGUCUAUCUUGGAAAAAUAUAGCAUAUGAAGUAGAAAAGAAAAAAAGUGUUGGUUAUUUCAGAGAUUUCAUCAGAGCAAGACAGUUAGAACACAUACAAUUAUUAAGUGAAGUUCAUGGUGUCGCAAAGUCUGGUACUUUAACAGCCAUUAUGGGUCCAAGUGGAGCAGGAAAAACAAGUCUUCUUGCAGCAAUCAGUUUACGAAUCAAAGGAAAACUAUCAGGUGAAAUAUUACUUAAUGGUGAACCUAUUGAUGCAGACAUUAUGACACGAAUAUCAGGCUUUGUUCCUCAACAGGAUCUUGCAGUUGAAGCUCUCACAGUUCAGGAACAUAUGGAAUUCAUGGCUAGAAUGAAAAUGAAUAGAGAGUAUUAUACUAAUUUAAAGAAGCAAAAAAUUAAUAUAUUGCUUGCAGAAUUAGGUUUAACGAAAUGUCGUUCAACAAAAUUAUUACAGUUGUCAUGUGGAGAAAGAAAACGAACAUCAUUAGCAGUACAGUUGCUUACUGAACCACGGGUAUUAUUUUGCGAUGAACCAACAACUGGGCUAGAUAGUUUUGCUGCAAUAACAGUGACAAAAAUCUUAAGAGAUGUUGCUGCUCGAGGAUGUAUAGUGAUUUGUACACUGCAUCAACCGGCAUCUGGUCUUUUAGACCUGUUUGAUGAAAUAAUAUUGCUAUCUUUUGGAAGAUUAGCAUUUUAUGGAAGCACAUCGGAAGGAUUAGAAUUCUUCAAGAGUAUAGGUAUACAGUGUCCUACUGCAUAUAAUAGCGCUGAAUUUUUUGUGAAACAGCUCUCUAUCGACCGAAGACAUCAAAAUCAAAAAAAGAUAAAAAAGAUUUGUAACGCAUUUGAGAAAUCUGUUUAUGGACAGCGACUUUUAUACAUUAUUGAUCAGUCUCGUACAACAUCAUAUAUGUAUGAUACUCCACAUGCUAUAUUUUCUCUGGAACUGUUACGAUCUAGUGAGUUUAAAAAAGUACGCGCAUUGACUCAACUAAAAUGGCUUGUAUGGAGAAAUUUCAUUGAUUAUAAAAGAAAUAUGUCAUAUUUAUUGCUGAAAUUUUGUUUUUACAUGUUCAUCAGUGUACUAUUAAGUACACCAUAUAUUGGCAUUACAAAGAAUAUCGAUCAAAAAGGCAUUCAAAGUAUACAAGGUUUACUCUACCUUAUAAUUACUGAAACUAUAUUUACAUUCAACUAUGCUGCAUUCUAUACUUUUCCGAAUGAACUACCACUUUUGCUACGUGACAUUGCCAGUGGUCUCUACAAUCCUGCUCCAUAUUAUCUGAGCAAAAUUUUUGUAUCGAUUCCAGGUGCAAUAAUUCAACCACUUAUUUACUCAAGUUUUAUUUAUGUUGUCGUAGGUUUUAAUGAAAAUUAUGAGAACUUCUUAUUAUUUAUUACUCCGAUCAUAUUAAGUGCCUUUUCUGCAUCAGCUAUUGGUUAUUUAAUGUCAGCGGUUUUCGAAUCUGUUAAUGCGGCAUCAUUACUAUCUGUACCAAUAGAUUUUGUAACUCUAAUAUUCAGUGGUAUAUUUUUGCAAAUUGGGUAAGUUUGACAAAUGCUGAUUUAAAAUUUUAAUGUGACUUACAUCUACUGAAGUACCUGGCUACAAUUUUGCCAUCUUGUACUGAAAGUUAGAACCUUUCUUUGAGUAUCCGCAAUCAGUGGUAGAGCGAUUGUCGAUAAUUAAUCUAACUCGUGUAAUAGAAGUUGGUGGACUGCUCAAUAGUUUUGUAUUUAGAACAAUACUUUAAAAUAAAAAUGUUUCUACGCUUCUAUGGUUA